AUGCACAGAGAUUCCUCCUUGCUCUACCAAAAGCCUGCCGGGCGCCUGCUGCAGGGCGUCGGCUCGGCGUCCGCGAACAACGCCCGGGCCUCGAGCGACGGCAGCUCCGCCUCCGACCAGGCGGGGGUGAACGACGGCACCUCCUGCCUCAUGGUGGACAAGCUGGUCGACGAAAGCUUGUUCAAAGGAGAAACCGACUUUGUCGCCCGCUAUUUCGCCGCUCUCUUCCUCCAAGGCGGCAAUUGCUCGGGCCACGUUGCCGACGUUAUCGCCUCCCGGUCUUCCCUUAUUGGCUGCUCCGCGCUGACAACGCUCAUGAUUGAUACCUCCGUGCUGACCGUGACGCACCAAGGUGCCUCUUCCCUUGCCAACACCCUCCCCAACUUCUCCAAGCUCGUGACUGCCCUGCGCGACUGCCUGAGCCCCCAGCAGGUGUUUUGCUCCGUCACCCAGGGGCAGGUUUAUGAUGGGCCUGCUACCCCCUCCCCGGACGUGGGCGACGACGUUGAUGAAUGCAAAACGAUUUCGAAUAUGGUCACCGACAGCCUGAACAAAGGAGAAAUCAACAUUGCCGCCCGCCUCAUCAGCUCCGUCUUCGUCCAGGGCGACAAAUGCGCGGGCUACCUGGCCGACACCAUCUCCGUCGGCAACAACGCUCUGGGCUGCUCCAAUCUGAUGCAAGCCUUGUCUGGGGCCUACUCUGUGGCCUACUCGAACGACCGGGGCUCCGCCUUUGCCAGCAUCAUCUCCGGCCUCUCCACAUUGGUGGCCACCGUGGCGUGCUUCGCCACCCUGAAGCUGGCCUAG